AUGGACCACGGCCGCAAAGGCCUGACGCUCAUCGGCGAGCGCGUGCUGCAUCACUGGGCGGAUAACGGGCGCUCUGAUGUACUGAAGAGUGUGGCGCGCGGCUUGGACGACUUCUCCGGUCAUGAGGCGGACUCUGAGUUGCCGCGUCUGUUGUAUGAGCUCGUGUGGAUCGUUUUAAACGCCAAACUAACCAAACAGGAGAUGCUGGGGCUGCUGAAGGAGGCUGAACUGAUGAAGCAUCCGAAAGCUUGCGACCUCCUGACUGACCUGUUGUGGGUCAUCAGCAACGAAGUGGAGGCCAGUGAGCGUGGCCAUGAGCGCCACACAUCGAGAGAGUGGCGCAAUCUUUGUGCACUAGUGAAGACCAUCGCAGACGAGAAGCUCGUGCCUCUACUGAACCUGAAGGGGCUACUCGAGUUCGACCUCCUACACGACGCUGAGCUGGCACUGGAGCCGCAGUUGCUGGUCAAGAAAAUGGUGCGUAUCAACACCAAGACGCUGUAUACUCAGACCAAGUACAACCUGCUGCGUGAGGAGACAGAGGGCUUCUCCAAGGUGCUGUGUCUACUACACACAGGUGUAACCAAGAGCCAGCUCGAAGCAACCAGAACGGACUUAAUGGCGCUCAUUGGCUUUUUCGAUUUGGACGCUAAUCGAGUCUUGGACUUGGUACUGGACGCCUACGAGAUGCACCCGAGGAACGACUGCUUCGCUCAGCUUUUGGACAUUUUCAAGCGCGAGAGUUUACCUCACAUUAUGGGCUUCAAGUUCCAGUUCUACAAGCGUGAUCCGCCCGCAGUGGAAGGAGUCACGACGCCACGUUCGCUGUAUCGACUCGCUGCCACGUUGCUGAACAAGAGACUGCUGGAAUUGGAUGCGCUCUUGCCACACUUGGCGCCGUCUCGAGACACCAUUUUGAAGAUGUCUUUGGAGCAUGAGAAGGAGAUGAUUAAGAAAGCGGGAUCGUUUGGACAGAUCAGUCUCGCAGCUAAGAAAGACACCGAUAAGCCGGGAGGAGAGGACGAAGCAGCAGCAGAAGCCGAGAAACGGAAGAAGGACGCAGAGCACAAUCAGGUGUACGGAUUGAUUAUUGGCCUACUGGAGAUUGGCGCACGGGAACGAGCCUUUGAGAUGAUUUCGUGGUUCCAGAAGAGAGGAGUGAACCCUCUGACGUUUACACCGCUAACGACAGAGCUCUGUGCUGUGGUGAAUGUGAUGAUUGAGGACGUGUACGCCUCGCUAUCGUAUCGCAGUUUGCAGCUUGUUAGUGAUAAGAACGGAGCGUCUGGGACUCUAUUGAAGAAGACGGCACCACAUACCAGUACGAGCAACCACUACAUUCGUCGCGAAUCUACGCUAGAAGACUGCGUGUCGGAGGUUUUCCCCAUUGUGGAUAUGAUUGGCCCGCAUUUGUUCCACGACCAGUUUCUGUUCCUGAAGCUGUUGCGGAUCGUGGGCAAGUUGGUCGAAGAUCACACAAAGAAGCUCAGCACUGCAGUGAAUAAGGGCGAGAAUGAUACUGCUCUCCUGGACAAGGUGAAGUCUCUGCUGGUGAAUACGUUUCUUCCUGCGAUGUCUUUACAGGAGUGCAACCCAAGCACGGCGUUCUUGGUGUGGGAAUUGAUCAAGGGUUUGCCAUGUGAUGAACGCUACCGUCUGUAUCUGCAUUGGUUCGAGGCGUACGACAAGUUCCCGGAAUUGCGUUUAAAAGAAGCGAAGGUAGUGCAGAGCACGCGCGGCGUCAUGCGACGGCUUACAGCAGAUCGAGCGAAGCUGUCGGCGCGCAGUUUGACGCACGUGGCGCACUCGAACCCGUUGAUCGUGUUCCGCACGAUGCUGCGUCAGAUUCAGUCGUACGACAACUUGAUUCAGCCUGUGGUGGACUCGUUCAAAUUUGUGACGCCACUGGGGAUGGAUGUGCUCUCGUUUGUUCUCGUCAGUGAGUUAUCAAGACCCCAGAAAUCCAUGAAGUCGGACGGCACCCACGUCUCGCUUUGGCUCACUUCGCUGGCGAAUUUCUCAGGCAGUUUCUAUCGCAAAUAUCCGAACGUGGAGCUAGCAGGUCUGCUGCAAUAUCUCAUCCAGCGUCUGCAGAACUGGGCGUCCGUAGACCUCAUUGUGUUGAGUGAACUACUGACGAAGAUGGGUUCGUGUUUGAGCUUGGAGGAUAUCUCGGUGAGUCAGUUGGAAGCGCAGGCUGGAGGGCCACACUUGUGGUACGAGCCGACAGAUCCCAAGUUCCAGAACCGCCGAGCCAUCCCGAGACUGCGAGAUGCUCUGAUCAAGCGAGAUUUAGCGCUGCCAUUGUGCAUUUUGAUUUGCCAGAUGCGCAGUCGUAUCGAGUACCAUGAAGAUCGAGAGCUGCCACACUUGAAGCUGCUCGGUCGUGUGUUUGACACGUGCCAGCUAACACUCAGUCAGCUUCUGCAGUUCCUGGGCGGAGUGGUAGACCCGUUAGUAUACCGGAAGAUGCUGCCGUCGAUCACGACUCUAGUUCGCGACUAUAACGUGCAACCAGAGCUUGCGAUGUCUCUGUGUCGUCCGGCGAUGCGCAGUGAUGAUCCAGUUCUGCAAACUGCCCCACGAGGUGUGCACGCCACUGGUGGUUCGAAUACAGCAAGCAACGGAGCGGCUACCAAUGGCGCAGCAGCCAAUGGCACAUCUAGUGGAGAAAAAUGCUGGUACAUGUACAACGCUGAUUUCCUGGAAGACAUCAGACAAGCCCUGUGUACCAGUGAUGGACCUGACAGCAAGCCCAAAGACCCAUUCACUGGACUAACACCAGAAGUGUACGCGACAUUCUGGGGCCUCAAGUUGUACGACAUCCACAUCCCGUUCCAGCAGUACGAGUCGGAGAUCCUUCGUCUGCGUAACUCUGUCACGUCUGGAGCAAACGCCUCGCUUAGCGCCAGUGAGCGAAAGAAGCUGAAAGAGAAGACCACACAGAUGAUCGAUGUGCUUACAACGGAGCAGAAAGACCAGGUGGCGCACCGGAAACGCGUGUACGAACGACUAGAGAAUAUGAAGAGCAAGUUCUUCAAAGAUGAACCCAACGACCACCAGACCGCGAUCGAUGAAUUACUGCAGAAAUGCGUGAUCCCUCGCUCUCUCAUGUCGCCUGAAGACGCGCUGUUUGCUGCCAAGUUUAUGGAGCGCUUACACACUUUCUCCACGCCGCAGAUGAGUACGCUGCAGUACAUCCACAAGGUCAACAUGAAGGUGUCGGCGAUCGUGCUGUGUGCUACGGAGCGCGAGGCGAGCAACUUUGGUAUCUUCAUGAAGGAAACGCUGGGACUUAUUCUGCGCUGGUACCAGAACGGAGCAACGUACGACGACGAAGCGAUUCACGGGAAAAUGGGCUUGAGUCUGGAUCUGCACGACGACAAGAAGCGUCUCGCGCAUCGCCAGUUCAAGUCGGCGUAUGCUCGUUGGCACAAGCAGUUGGAGCUCGUGUACACGACAGCGCUCUCGAGUGGCGAGUACAUGCCUAUUCGUAACUCUCUUGUGGUCCUUACGAAGCUCAUUGACGUGUUCCCGGCGGGUCGUGGAACAGCCGACGUGAUUCUGGGGAUCGUGGAGAAGCUGACGAACGAGGACCGUGAAGAUAUCAAGAUCAUGGCCAAACGUUACUUCGCUCUCUUGACGAAGAGGAAGACGUCGCUUAUCGACGACAGACUGCUACGUAGUCGCAAUGCUCCAGCUAAGUCUCCGACUGCGACGUCCGAUGAGAAGAAGAAUUCGACGGACGUUGCUGAGGACGAGAAGAACGAUAACGAUGGCGACAAGGACAGUGAUGUCAAGCGUGAAAGCUCGACGAAACCAGCGCUAAGUCGUGUAGAGAGUCAGGAACUGGAAAGCGGCGAGAUCGUGAUGGGAAAAAGCAACAGUAGCAACAAUUUGUUGUCUGCGAGGACGAAGCAGCGAGACUCGGAGCGUGGACGUGGAGCUGAGCGCAAUCGUAAUAGUCGUGGUGGACGUGGUGGCUCGGAUGACCGUCGCAGUCGUGUCGAACGUGACGAGUCUGAAGACCGUCGAGACAGCUCGGCUGAAGCUCCUCGUGAACAUCGUGCGAGUGAAGAAAGACGCGGUCGUCGUGACCACCGCGAGUCUUCCCCCACAGCUGGUCGCAGUAGCUCGAUGAACAAUCGCGCGAACGAGACGCGUGAACGCAGUGGCUCAGCGUCCCGCAAACACGAAAGAUCUCCAGCUCCUCGUCGCAGUCGAUCGGGUGAGCGGGCGGAUGAUCGUGGUAACACUAGCGAUAACCGUCGCUCAUCUCGCGAACGUGGACGUGAACGGGGCCAAGCUAACCGUGGAAGAGGUGAAGGCGACCGAAGAGGACGAGGAGAUCGGGACUCGAAUGCACAGCUCAGUCGUAGUCGCAGUCAUGAUCGUCAUGAUCGCAAUCAGAGAAAUCGUGGUUCAAUGCAUGGACGUGAAGACAGCGAAACAAGGAAACCAUUGGAGUCGAAGCCAACCAGUAGCCCAGCACGAAACGAGGAACCAGUCAAGUCAACGUCACCAAAACCAGAGCGGAAUACUGAGCAGUCUACGCCUGAAGCUGGUCGUAAGAGAGCACGACCGGCAGAGCAAUCGGAGGCUGCGUUGCGUCGGCAAUUGACAGCUGAGAAGGAGGCCAAGGCGAAGGAGCAGCAGCAAUCUGGAGAGCGCGCGAGACCGGCGGCACGUGAGCGUACACGGCCCCCGCUUCCGUCCACUUCGACUGCAUCCCCCGCUGGGAUGGUCUCGCCCACUGGGACGCCAACGGGUAAUGCACGCAAGAUCGUGUCGCUCGUGUCUUCGUCCCGCAAACGUGAGCGUGAACCUGCGAGUGAAGGCGAGACGCCCACUGGCAACCCACCGGAAGGCAAGCGGCGUCGUGACAAUGGCAACGGUAAUGGGGGUGAACAGAAGGGCGGACACGAUGAUAAACGCAAGCGCAAGAACAAGGGCGGAGGCGAUGGCAACAAGGGCAACCAGCAACAGCGUGAUCAAGUGCGUGGACGUCAAGACCGUGGUGGCCGCAAUGGAGGCAACAACGACAGACGUGGAGGCCAAGACGAACGUGGCGGGAAUGGUGGCAAUGGAGGCGGCCGUCGACGCGAUCGCAAUGACAACCGUGGAGGUCGCCGGUAG